AUGUCUUUAACCAUAUCGGAAGACAAUCCUUUCCAGGUUUUGAUCGCGGAGUCAAAUGAUGAUCCAACUCAAUUGCAAUUGCGCUAUGAGAAGCACCGAACGGCUCGUAAUGAGCAACAGAGGACGAGGAUUCUAGCGGAAGACUUCCACGGCUGGACUUUGGAUAAGAUUCUCAUGAGACUCGACGGCCCUACGAAAGAGGAAGGGUUCCUCGAUCCUCGCAAUUGCCUUGUCAUUUGGGCCAGACCCCCUCCUAAUAUCAGGGAUCUGAUAUCCUUUGUUCAAAAGGAAUUGAAGGAUGUUGCCCCGUCCCUUUGGCUCAUGCCCACUGAAAACCUGCAUACAACAGUCUUGGAAGUAGCCCAUUCUUUGACUGAAGCGCAAAUCGAGGAUCUUGUCCAAACCCUCAAGUCUUCCACAGCAAUCACCCGGGCACAGAUUGCAGAACACCCAAUCACUCACCAAUCACGCCUUUUGAAGCCUAUGGUGAGCUUCGACUCUUCCGCAAUGGCGCUUAGUUUUGCUCCAGCCGCAGCGGAACCCUCGACUGAACGAUCCGGCGGUCAUGAUGAUCACUACACAUACCAUCAUCUCCGUCGGGAUAUUUUUGACAUGGUUCGAAAAACUGGUAUCCCCGUUGCUUCGCGCUAUAUUGUUCCAUCGGCACAUAUCACUAUAGCACGCUUCAUCACUCAGGAGGGAUUCCAGGUUGCUGGCCAGCUUGAUCAUUCGUGCGUACAGUUGCUAGUUGAUCGGAUUGGUGAUAUCAAUAAGAGGCUGGAACGCAUGUAUUGGCCCCAGCCUGAUGGCACUGUGCCCGAAAUGGGUGAAUGGGUUGUUGGCCAGGACCAGGGUUUAGUUAUUCGGAGAGGCCGCCUUUGUUAA